UCAGACAUGAAUCUUAAAGCAGCAGGACUUAGCAUUAUUUCUUUUUUUUAUUAUAUUUCUUGCAUACGUUGUAAAAUACCAAUAUAUAUUGGAGGGUUCUUCCCGAUGCAAGAUGGAUUGUGGGAUGGCUCUGGAAUACUUCCGGCGGCAGAAAUGGCAAUUGAAGACGUUAAUAACCAUCCCGAUAUACUACCUAAUUAUGAAUUAAGAAUGGUGUGGAAUAACAGCAAGUGUGCCCACGGAGCUACAAUCAGGUCCUUGUUUCAUCAAAUUUAUUCAGAGCCAACAAAGUUGAUGAUUUUAGGAGCAGGAUGUAGUUCACAGACCAGUACAAUAGCAGAAACAGUACCACCAUGGAAUCUUGUACAAGUAUCACACGCAUCAAGCGCUCCAGGUUUGGACGAUAGAAACAAAUAUCCAUUACUCUUCAAAGUUCAUCCUUCCGAAAAAGUCACGAAUGUUGCCAGGGUAGCUUUAAUGCAGAAAUUUGGCUGGAAAAGAGCUGCUUUAUUAUAUACUGACGAUGGUAGUUUUAAUGCUAUAAUGGGAGAUUUACAAAAAGUGUUUGAACAAAACAACAUUACUGUGAUAGUCUCAGAUACCUUCAGUGAUGAUCCAAAACACGCCUUACAGAAUAUACAAAGAAAAGAUGGUCGCAUCAUUAUUGUUGCUGCAUUUGAAGACAACGCUAGAAAGAUAUUAUGUGAGGCACACAAACUUGACAUGACAAGUGGUAUUUUUACGUGGAUGUUUCCUGGUUGGUAUUCAACAGAUUGGUGGAAAGUGAACGACACUACUUGUGAUCAGGCCGAUAUAGAAAAUGCAGCAACUGGUUCUUUAGGAUUUGAAGUUUCUUCAUUUACAGAUGUCGAUGCACAAACAGAUGUCUCAAAGCGAAUAUUUUAUCUAUGGAAAAGGCUAGUAUUAAUUACUGCAGGAGAGUUUACGGAACAUUAUACUAAUCUGACACAGAAUGGAAACUAUGCUGCACUAGAGUAUGGACCUUAUGGGUAUGACAGUGUCUGGGUAGUCGCAUUUGCCUUGGACAAGGCAUCGCAAGCAUUACUUAACAUAUCAAAAUCUUUGGAAGAUUUCACAUAUGACAGCUCUGACAUAGCUGACAUAAUCUUCCACAGUGUUGACACGACUAAUAUUACAGGUGUCACUGGCGACAUUAAGUUCGAUAAUAAUGGAAUGAGAAUUGGAAGUACCAGUAUUCAUCAGUUACAAGAUAGCUCUACGGUGACUGUUAUGAGGUAUGACGACAGUACAGGAGAGUUACAGGAAACAAGUAGUGCUUUUACUUGGAAGACAGAAAGUGGAGGCCCUCCAUCUGAUGGACCACUGGUCAAUACGAAAUGGAAGAAGUUAAAUCAACCUUUAUUCUAUGUACUUUCUACACUAGCCGUUAUUGGUGAUCUCUUUGUCAUCUUUAUAUUUAUAAUGAAUAUACGAUUCAAACAUCGAAAAAUAAUAAAGCUUUCCAGUCCUAACUUGAAUUUCAUUAUCUGCGGAGGAAGCUUUAUACUAUACACUGGUGUGAUAUUAAAUGGAAUGAUAACAGAUGAUCUGACAACAGCUACGGAGGACACAGACGUUCUCGCGUUGUCUUGCAUUAUGAAUACAUGGUUGUUUGUUGUUGGAUUUACAGCUACGAUUGGAACAGUUGUGGCAAAAGAUUGGCGAAUAUAUCGAAUACUGACCCAAGAUAAAACAUCAAAACAGACUAUUAAAGAUUGGCAUUUGAUAUGUGGUGUUAGUGUUCUGGUGUUGAUAGAUUUUAUAACUAUGACUAUAUGGAUUGCUGUUGAUCCACAAGUUUACGAAAAGACAUUUCUUGACACAGAGAGAACGGGACAAGAUGUAUUUGUUGAGCCGUAUAUUCUAACAUGUUCAUCGAAAUCCUAUGCAUGGAUGGGUGUUAUAAUGGCAGUGAAAGGGCUUCUGUUGUUAUUCGGAGCUUUCAUUGCCGUUGAAACCAGAAAUAUCAAAAUGAACUUAUUGAAUGAAGCCAAGGAAAUUGCUCUGACCAUUUAUACGGUGUUAGUAUUAGCAGGCAUUGGUGUGCCAAUUAAUUUUGUGGUAGAAAAAAACAUUGAUUUUAAAUACGGAGUGACGUCAACGUUCGUAAUACUCGGAACAACAGUGAUGUUAGCAGCAUGUUUAUUUCCAAAGGUUUACACAGUGCUAAAAAUUUCUGUUGCUGAUGAAACUAUCAUGGUUGCUAAUAUGAGAGCACAAACAGUGAAUGCCCCUGUUGAUAAGUCCACAGUAUUGAAAAUUCAAAUAACACAGCUUGAAAAUAAAUUGAAGAAAGUUGAAGAUGAACUACAUUCAUAUAAAAGCAAUUGAGUAGAUGGCUAAGUGACACUGAUUUUAGCUAAAUAUACCAAUUCAUGAAUGGUUUUGUAUCACGG